AUGUCUGGCAAUAUUGAGAGGGUGAAGGGCAAGCUCGAUGAGGAUGUCGAAAAGGAGGGAGUUGACUCCAUGAUGGGGAGACUCAACCUGCUUGCUGAUGAGAUGGAUAUUGUGGAGAUGAGCGAUGAUGAAGACGGAGACGACUCGGCACCGGAAAAAUGGUCACUGGUGGGGAAAGUUCUCUCGCCCAAUGUGGUCCAUAUCCAGUCGAUUCGGGCAGCAAUGCGGCCUGCGUGGGGCAACCCCAGGGGCCUCCGAAUCAAGCCAGGAGGUGACAAUGUUUUUGUUGCCGAUUUUCCAAACAAGGCAGAUCGGGAUUGGGUGCUGGCAGGUACUCCUUGGAUGGUGGGGCGGCAUGCCGUCCUCCUGCAGGACCUUGAUCCCAGGAUCCGGCCAUCUGAUGUGCGGUUCGACACCAUGUCGAUCUGGGCAAGAAUCCAUGACCUUCCCUUUGGUUGGAUGAACAACAAAAGGGGCCUGAAAGUUGCCAAGAUUAUUGACAAGGGCUGCUCAGUGGAUGUGGAUGAAUUCGGGGAGGCAUCUGGUACCUUCUUGCGUGCUCGUGUGGCUAUCCCGAUUGACCAACCAUUGAGGCGUUGGGUGAUUGUAAGAAGGGACGGGAAGGAAGAGCGAUUCAUCUUGCAAUACGAGAAGCUUCCUUUCUACUGCUUCAGUUGCGGAUUGAUUGGUCAUGGUGAGCUCGAAUGCAAGACGCCAGCGGACAGGGAUGCCUCUGGCAAGCUUCCUUUCGACAGGGAUCUAAGGGUGCCUGAUGAGCACAAGAGGCGUGUGCAAUCCUUUGGCCAGGCGGCGGCCUCGGCCUCAUGGAACAGUGGCUCCAAGGAGAAGGGCACGGGAAGUAAGAAAUCUGGUCCAAAUUCAGCCACCAGCACCUCCUUGGGUGGUGUUAAUGCUUUGAAGGUCGGUGAGCAGGAAGUAAACUCUCCACCUGCGAAAGGGAAGGGGGAAAAAGAACAGUCCAAGGUGUCCGAGAUCGCCCGGCAACUUUUUCCGGGCGAGGCUGGCACACAAGUCAUUGCUCAGAAGAAGCGCAAGCCGGCUGCGGAUGGUGCUCUCCUUGGUGGGCAGGUUGUCGAGGGUGCGGAAAUCAACAUGAUCGACAAUGACCUGUCUCUUGCCAUCGUGCCUGUGGGAGGUGCAAGUGCUGCGGUUGGUGCUCCCCCUCUGGUGGGGUUCGACGAUAGCCAAGGCCAUGAAAAGAAGUUCAAGAGUGCGAGGGCCCUUUCCCAGGGAAAACAACUUUUAGACGCGGGGCUGCCAUUUCAGCCCUGCAUCGAUCAAUGA